CCUCAGGAUUGAGCUGCACAGCCUAAGCAGCCCUCAUUGCAAUUCCAAUCAGCUUCGGGGCCGCACUUGCACCAUCGCUCCUGCGGAAGCGCGAGCCUAGCACUCUUGCAGCACAGCGCAACAACUAGCCAGGGUUGCCCUUGCAGCACUGCCGCAAGUGCAGCACUGCACACGAUGCGCCGCGCAAUACUGCUCAUGCUGGCCCAAGCAACAGCGCUGCGGCCGCCGGCCUCCUCCUUACUAGCGAACGACGUGCGAGACACGGCCGGCGACGAGGCCGCGUGGGCCGCGCGCGUCGAAAGUUUAGCUGUCCUGCCGCGCGGCUUCCGGUGCGGCACGGCGUCGUUGAAUUUCAAGCCGCGGGAGCUGCCCGAUAGCGAAGCGAGGAUGAAUUUGGGCGUGAUCGCGCUCGACGCGCCGACGGACCUCGUCGCGGGCGUUUACACGAAGAAUAGAUUGUGCGGCGCGCCCGUGACCGUGGGCCGGGACAUCCUCGCACGAGAGAAACCUCACAUCCAAGCCAUCCUCGCGAACAACAAGGUGUCUAAUGUCAGACCGGGGCCCGGGCUCGGGGUGUCGUGUGCUCAUACCGUAGCGGACGCUGCGAAGGAGGCUUUGAGUUUGGAAGGCGACGUCAUCCCCGCUUCCACAGGUGUCAUCGGCUGGGCGUUACCGGUGGACGAGAUGGUCGCGGCGGCUUCUUCAUUAACGCUCCAAGAGGGUUCGGCACAUAAAGUUGCCGAGGCCAUGAUGACGACGGACCGAUAUGCGAAAGCCGCGAGGAGCGAAUUGCCGAAUGGUGCUUCUCUAGUAGGUUUAGUAAAAGGCGCGGGCAUGAUCGAGCCGAACAUGGGGACGAUGCUCUGCUUUCUGGUUACCGACGCGGCGAUGGAGCGGUCGACGAUGCAGGCGUGUCUGGAGCGAUGCGUGAAGGGCACGCUGGGGUCCGUGGGCGUCGACGGCGACGAGUCGACGUCGGACAUGUGCGUGUUGCUAUCGUCUGGACAGGUACAAGAGGUAUCUGAGGAUGCUUUUGAAAAUGCAUUGGGCGACGUGCUGGCGCAAUUAGCCCAUCACAUCGUGCGGAACGGCGAGGGCACGAAUCAUGUAUUGAGGGUUUGUGUGCGAGGGGACCGGGACGAGGACUCGGCUAGAGCUCUGGGACGGGCCCUCGUGAACGGCCCCUUGCUCAAGUGCGCCGUCGCCGGCGACGACCCGAACGUUGGUAGGAUUGUGGGCAAAGUGGGCCAAUUGCUGGGCGCGCGGGGCGACCCGGACUUGCUGGACGAGGGCUCGCCUUGUGUGGUAAAGCUAGGCGGCGAGACGAUCUUCGAGGGCGGAUUUUUCCGGCUGGACGCGGCGAAGGAGGAGCGGCUUUCGAAUCAUAUGAAGGCCGCGCGGCUAGGUACGGACGUCGAGGGCGCGCCGGCGUGCCCCGUCCACGACCGGUGCGUCGAGAUCGAUAUUGAUCUGGGCGGAUCGCGGGACGUGGUCUCGGUGGUUCUGGGGAGCGACCUGACGCACGGCUACGUCAGCGAGAACGCGGACUACCGGUCAUGAUGCCGCGGCGACGGCGCGCGGCGGC